AUGUCAACAUACGACAGAUCGCCAGCAAUCAUCAAAAAAAGGGUUCGUAAAAUUUUGACCUCACCAGUCACCCCAUCACUAGAAAAGUGUGAGGGGAAUAAGACUGUGCGAUAUCUUGCGUUUCUAUGUACAGGACAUGGUCGGUGUGGAGGCUGGGGAGACAGACAAGAAGGCUUGGUCUUUGCUUAUGUUCUCUCUCGUCUGCUACACCGCUGUUUUAAAAUUGUCAUGCCCCAACCGUGCAGUCUGUCAAAGUUUUACCAGCCAAACAAAGUUCAGUGGGAGCCGGACAAUGAAACUUUAGACCCGCCCACACAAAACAACACGCUCGACACUUCUCACUACAGAUUCAAAGACCUAAACGUUCUUUACCCACAGACUGUUGUAUACUUCAGGGGGUACGCGGAUUUGUACGCACUUUUUGUAGCCAACCCACACUACAUCAAGCAGAUCGACACAUGGACCGGAAUUCGGGACAUACAGGAUCGAUUCUUUUGGAGCUGGAAUCAGUUAAUGAAACCGUCUGCAUCGUUUCUGUCUAAAGUUGAAAAUAUUAUUGGUAGGGACUUUCUAAUACGAAAAGGUGUGGACGUUGAUGUUUUAAAACAUGAACGGCCUAAAGCGCCGAUGUGCGAUGUUAGGAAGUCACCUUUGAUCUGUGCGCAUGUCAGAAUCGGGAAAAACCCAAACGUUCCUAAAGACGAUGUGUUCACAUCAGUAAAGUUAGCGGAUAUUCCCGUAUUAUUUGAAUUUAUGUCAUCUAAAGACACUUCCGGAGACGCUUUGUUUUUCAUAGCAACGGAUUACAUUAAUGUACGAAUACAGGCGUACAACUAUUUCAAGGGAAGGAUGGUUGAUUUUGGCGCGAUAAUUGACCACACUGACAGACCCACACUUGGUAGUGACCAGUGUGGUGCUUUAGAGGACGCUUUGGUCGACCAAUAUCUGCUGAGUCUGUGUGACGUCUUGGUUCUCUGCAGAAGUGGUUUUAGUCGGAUGGCGUUCUACAUGAGGAACAGCACAGAUCCUGUGUACAUUUUUGAGCAUGGGGUGGUCCGUCUCUAUGACGAGUAA